AAAAAAAAAUUCACAUAGUUCAGCAUGAACAAACCGUUUAAAAUUUAGAAAUUUUCCUUCUCGUUUAUUAGCAUGCUUAGAAUUAUUUGGUGUGAGCUAACAAUUGAAGCCUAUUUACUAUCUGUAGUGUUCGUCGUGAAAGCCUCAAAUCACAAAUAAACUACACGCGAACCACAAGUUAUAUAAUUCGUAGUGUGUGAAACCAUUUCAAGACACAUUUUACCGUUUUUAUCUCCACAGGAAUUUGCUACCAUGUUCCAUUUCUUGUCUCCCUGUUGCUAAUAUUCUGCGGUAAAAAACACUGGGUUCCAUUCCUCCCCACCGUUCCGAUCUGCUUCGUUUUGAUGGCCGUUUCUGUCGCCGUCCUCCCUUCCUUUGUGGCAGCUGGCUUAACGCUGUCCAUCUUUCCCAUAUAUGGUGUGAUAAUCGUUAAUGGACUUUGUGCUGGUCUCAGUCAAUCACUAGUCAGUCGAAUGGUUGUGCUAUUUCCGGGAGGAAAAAGCAGUUUGCUGAUACGCUGCGGUGAAUGUAUUGGCUCGCUCUUUCCAGCAAUGGUCCAAAUCAUUCUUAUUCUGUCAAUGGGUCUGCACUCGACCGAACCACAACUGACUGAAUACAACACACUAUGCCUUAACGUCUUGUUCGGCGUUGUGUUUCUUGGAAUCGUAAUCGGAUUCGUUUCACUUAUCAAACUCAGUAAAUCUGGAAUAUACGCAUUAUUUGCUGGGCGAGACUGCAUUGCUCACAGUCCAAAGAACAUAACACUGGGUUCUGUACCAGAAACAGCGAAAAGACGAUAUCACACUAUUAAAUGGUAUUUAGUCGUAGAGUUCUCAUUGUCUCUCGUCAGUUACUUUGUGUUGUCGCUUGCAGCGUUCAUUCAUGAAGCAACUUUACAAAGCUCACACUCAAGCACUGUGCCAUUUUGGAAAGUCUACCUCGCUACAGUUUUAAUCGCUCUUUUCAGAGUCGGAGACAUUUUCGGAAGAAUUCUAUCAAGCCGCUGCUGUAGUGGACAGCAAACAGUGAACAACGACGUAGCAAUGUUCGUUUAUUUGUCUGCCUCGAUUCUUCGCCUCGGUUUUGUCCUCGCUGCAGUUUUUUUCACGCACACGCCGUUCUUGGUUUACCACAAUGUGUUUAUGAUGGGUUUUUACUUCGUGCUGGCUUUUACAAAUGGCUUUCUUUCCGUUGCCAUGACAUCAAGAUGUCAAUCAUUGAUUAGGGUACAGAGGAAUGACACGUGUCCCAUUGUCUCGCAGUUUAUCUGGUUUGCUGGACUGUUUGGAGCAACCGUCGGUAUCGCUUUAUCAUUCGUACAGUUGACUAUAUGAUGUGAACCACUCGAGAUCUCGUCUGAAUUCACUGAAACCCUUAACGUAUUAUUUAGCUAAUAACCUAUUGGAGCUCGCUAAUGACACGUUAUAUACAUUUAUCUGUAAUAUACGUUAUAGUCAGCGACUGAUGCCAUUUCAUGACAAGGAACUUGAAAAGUUCGGUCUGGUUAUUAUUUCUAUGGGAAUAUCAAACGGAGCAAUCCAAGAUAAUUCCUGUCUGCGAGAGUUUAGCGUAUGAAUUUGAACAUUCAGAAAGGAAACAGAGGAAAAAUAACGAAAAAUCUAAUAUAAAAAUGCAAGUUUAUAGGACAAGUGACAAUAAUUAGUACCCAAAAUUUCGUUUUCCUGGUUGAGACAUGUUAAUUUGAUGUAAUAUACAAACACGAAAGACCGUGUUUGACAACGUUUCCAAACAACGAAAAGAAUGUUAAAAAUACGACGCGUGACGGAGUACUUUUGACGAACUUCAAAGUGUUCGGAAUUGUGGU